AUGGCUGAGUGCGGGACAAGGCCACCCUGGAGCGCAUCCGAGGCUUCGCGGCAAGACGAAGUGACAAGAUACGGCUCGACCCUGCUGAGCGUCUCCAGGUUCAACAACCCGACCGAGCCCAUCCCGAGCGUCGAGUUGUCCACCUCCAGCGAUGCCGUCCUCACUGCUCUGUGCCAACUGGGAGCCUGGCAGACGGGCACGGGCAGGGCCUUCCUGUCGCUGUUUAGUGCCCAGCGCCAGCACAUUGUCGCCGAGGCCAUGCUGUCUCUGCCGCUGCAGCCAUCACUCCCCAGCGAGGACUGUCCGGCGCCUCUGUGGCUCUGCGGAACCGCCAUACCUCGCCCAUUGGGAGUAUGCGAGGGCACCGUCAUCGCCGAGAACUCAGACCAUUCGAACCUCCCCCUCACUCUUUGCGACAACCUAGCCACGGAUCCCCGGUUCAGCGACAAGCCUUAUCAUAACUUUGGAGGGGAGGCCAAGUUCUACGCGGCCGUGCCUGUUCGCACACGGAGGGGCAUCAAUAUUGGCGUCUACUGCGUGGUUGACGAGACUCCAGGCCGGCCCUGGAACGAUACGUACACGGCUCAUCUUCAACAUGUUUCUCGAAACAUCAUGAACCACCUAGAGUCGCAGCUUCUCAAGUCUGUACAUCGACGGAACGAGAGGAUGAACCGAGGUCUGGGUUCCUUUGUCGAGGGCGAAACAACCUUGUCAGGAUGGCGGUUCAGCCCCAACUCCGCCGCCUACACCAACCAAGAUAACCUCGAAGGCGCCCUCAACGCUAAACAGCAAUCCCUCGGCCUCUUGCCCGCCCCCCAAAACAGCCUGCCCGCGGGAGACGUCAUGGCCCGAACCCCCAUGUCAGAGAUGGACCCGAAAGACUCGUACUUUACAACCGAACCGGCCCCAGCGCCUGAACGUGAUGACAAGGCCAACGUCUACUCGAGAGCCGCCAACAUCAUCAGAGAAUCAAUCGAGGUAGAGGGAUGCGUCUUUUACCGCCCAAAACUGUCAUUUCGUGCUCAACCGGACCCCAAGUCCGCCGACCAGGCGAAUACGUGGGGCUACACGAGCUCGUCCGCCAGCGGCGGCGAGGCGAGCUACGGCUCCGAGGCUCGUCCCUGUCACGUACUCGGCUUCUCCAACUCGGAGCUCUCCAGCAUCGACAGUGUCUUCCAUGCGAAUGCCGGCCUAUCCAUGACGGAAGACUUUCUCGCCAAUCUCCUCCGCAGGUAUCCCCAGGGCACCACGUUCAAGUUCAAUGCCGAGGGUGGGCUGCUCUCGUCGGAUUCAUCGGGCGACGAAAAUAUCCCCCUCCUCGCCUCCAGCACCCUCUCUAGCCGAACCAAGUCGGCAGAAGACCUCAAGACAACGUCGUUGCCUCCGUCACCAUCAGCCGAGCAGCAGCAAGCCACGUCCAGAGCCAAACGGUCGCGCGGCCAGGAGGGCAAAGCUCUACGCGAAGCGUUCCCCAACGCUCGCAGCGUCCUCUUUUUCCCCGUGUGGGAUUCGCGCAAGGACGGCUGGUACGCCGCCGCCUUCGCGUACACCUACAGGGAGGGCCGGGCCUUCUCUGUGACGGGAGAGCUCAGCUAUCUGCGAGCCUUUGGCGCCGUCGUCGCGUCCGAGAUCCAGAAGCUCAACACCCUCUCUGCCGACCAAGCCAAGGCCGACGCGCUGGGCUCUCUCUCGCACGAGCUCCGCUCACCGCUGCAUGGCGUCCUUCUCAGUGCAGAGCUUAUGAGGGAUACCAACAUGGACGUCUACCAGGGCAACCUAGCGCACACCAUUGAGACAUGCUCGCGCACGCUGCUGGACACGAUCGAUCACCUCCUCGACUACUCGCAGAUCAACGACUUCUCCAACCCGGGUAGGAAAAUUGGCAGCCCCCUCUCAAGCGCAUCCAGCAGGGGAGGCCAGGGGCAGUUUGGCAAGAGGUCGCUGUUUUCGUACAUCAGGCUGGACGGCGUCGUUGAAGAGGUCGUCGAGAGCGUGUUUGCAGGCUUCAAUUUCCAGUACCAGUCCCUCAGACAAGCGUCCCAGGCGACCGUGGCCAGCGACGUCGCCGCGCACCAGCGCCUUGACUCGGCGCAGGCGUCUGAGCAACUCCAAGGGCGCAGUCAGGGGGUUGUCGAGCAUCUAGAGUUCGGCAACGUGUCAGUCCUGCUCUCGAUUGACUCGAGCUGUCUGUGGGAGUACCACGUGCACGUAGGCGCCAUCAGGAGAAUCAUCAUGAAUUUGUUUGGCAACGCCCUCAAGUACACCGACUCCGGCACCGUUAUGGUGUCUCUAAGCCAGGAUACUAUAUGGCUUAGGAGGCGCAGAAGACAUGUUGUCAGGAUCGCGGUGCGAGAUACAGGCAAGGGUAUGAGUGCCGACUUCCUCCAGACGGGGCUAUUUAGACCGUUCAGCCAGGAGGAUACGAUGUCGCCCGGCACAGGUCUAGGGCUUAGCCUAGUCAAAAAUAUCACGACACAGCUCCACGGUCGCAUAUCCAUCGAUAGCCAAGUCGGCGUGGGAACGACCGUCUCGGUUGUGCUCCCGCUCAAGCGCGCAGAGCUGCCAGCCGACAUCCAUGCAUCCCGAUCCGACGACGAUAAACAAUUCGAUGGCCUCGUCAACGAUUUGAAGGGGCUGAGGGUUCGUAUCAUAACCGCUGACGAGGCGGGCAGUACUGCUCCAUCGGCCGUCAAUGUCUCGCUGCAUGAUAUUUGUCGUGAUUGGCUGCACAUGGAAAUUGUGUCGACUGAAAUGUCCUCGCCGGCAGUUGUCCCCGAUAUUAUUCUCUGGUCCUACGAUGCUUCGGUCCAAGCACAAGGCGACAUCAAAGAGCUCUCUAAGUUCCCAAACGUAGUCAUCUGUCCCAAUGCUCUCGUAGCCUACCACCGAAAUAUCGAACCGACAUCGCCCGAUGGUGUGAAGCUUCUUGAAUUUGUCUCGCAACCAAUCGGUCCCCGGAAGCUCGCAAAGGUCUUGUCCUUGGCGUACCGCCGAUGGGUUGAACCUUCAUACCCAUUCAAUCCCCAGAGCGUUGAAGCACCUUUGACCGUCUCGAGACCCAAGAUUGCAAGGAGGACCAUAAGCUCCUCUGUCGUCUCCGACAUUGAUUCAUUGAACAUGACACCGCAGAAAACCGAAACGGGUGGCCUUGCGCCCACGCCAGGCUCAUCAGUCAGCAAUGAGGGUCAGUCAGAUAAUGAUGAGCGGGUUACGAGAUGCCUCCUCGUCGACGACAAUGACAUCAAUAUCAAGGUGUUGUCGGCGCUCAUGAAGAAGCUCGGCAUCGACUACCAAACGGCAAGAAACGGCAAGGAGGCCCUUGAUGCCUUUAGCCAGAAUCCGGGCGCCUAUGUAUGUAUCCUAAUGGAUAUCUCCAUGCCGGUCAUGGACGGGUUUGAGGCGACCCGGUCUAUCAGAACUUUCGAGGUCAAGGAACGUCUCCAGCCCGUGUCCAUCAUUGCGCUCUCUGGAUUAUCUUCGAACGAGGCCCAUCGGGAAGCAUUCGAGAGUGGCAUGGACUUGUUCCUAACGAAGCCGGUGAAACUGAUGACGCUCAAAGAUCUCUUGCAAUCCAGAGGUAUCAUUUGA